AGAAGAAGCAGUAACUGUCACCGCUGGGACGAAAACAGUUCACCUUCGCCCUCCAGGACAGCAUGAAACACACUCUGCUGACUGAAAGGAGCCUUUAAUUUAACAUUUACAAAGACAUUAAGUCCGUAGAGCGGAAACGGAAAGGCCUCCUUUUAGCGCGCAGGUGCAUCUGGCUCCUUUUCUUCUUCUGCAGGAGUGAGCUAGCUUAGGCUGUUAGCUUAGCAGAACACCCACUCACCCGUGUCCGUCCGUGCAGGACUUUUUACCCUCAGGAGCGACGAGAUCCGGCCGGAGCGGCACCAACACUGCCCUGGAUUUUAUUUUACAACAGCAGCUGCGCGUAUCGGGUCCAAACGCGGCGUUUGCACGCACAGUUUCGACAAAAAAGCAACAACAAACAUCCUGCAAAACAAGGAAGUCUGAAUGAACUUUACUGCUAGCCUGCUAGCACCUAGCCAGCCCUGGAGUUUCAUUGUGCAGCUUGCUCCUGCAGCUGAAGGGGGUCUCGUCGCCUUCGUCCCGCUGUGCUGAUAUUGAUUAUCUGAAAGCAUCUCGGCGUGGAGUCGAUAUUUCGAUCGCUAUCUAACGGAGCCAGUCAGUUUCAGAGAUGAUUCCCGACAAAGCGCCGAAGGAAGACGUCUUCCACGGGUCUGAGGACCUGAAGAAGGAGGCUCACAUCCCCAGCUUUGAUAAAUAUAAAGAGCUCUACUUGAAAUCUAUAGAGAGUCCUGAUGAGUUCUGGGGUGACUUCGCAAAAGAUUUCUUUUGGAAGACCAAACACACGGGUCAGUUCUUCGACUACAACUUCGAUGUGACUAAAGGAGAAAUAUUCAUCAAGUGCAUGGAGGGAGCUUCCACCAACAUCUGCUACAACGUCCUCGACUGCAACGUCCACGAGAGGAAACUUGGCGAUAAAGUGGCCUUCUACUGGGAAGGCAACGAGCCUGGUGAUGAGUUGACGGUGACCUACAGAGAGCUGCUGCACAGGGUCUGUCAGUUUGCCAACGUCCUGAAGUCUCAGGAUGUGAAAAAGGGCGACCGUGUGUCCAUUUACAUGCCCAUGGUGGUGGAGCUGGUGGUAGCCAUGUUGGCCUGCGCCCGCAUCGGUGCAGUUCACUCCAUAGUGUUUGCAGGUUUUUCUGCUGAGUCUCUGUGUGAGAGGAUCCUGGACUCACAGUGUACACUGCUCGUCACAGCAGAUGGGUUCUAUCGAGGAGAUAAGCUGAUCAACCUGAAGCUCAUAGCUGACGAAGCACUGCAGAAAUGCAGGAACAAGGGUUUCCCAGUACACAGGUGUAUAAUGCUGAAGCACUUGUCUAAAGAAGCAGAAGACACUCCCCUGGGCUCUCAGUCUCCUCCCGCCAAACGAUCCUGCCCUGAUCUGCAGCAGGAGAAACAGACAGGGAGAGUAAAGAAAACACGUCCUGUUCCGCAGGUCCCGUGGAACCCCGAGGUGGACUUGUGUUGGCACACACUCGUACGUGGUGCUUCAGUUGAGUGUGAACCAGAGUGGUGCGAUUCAGAAGAUCCUCUCUUCAUCCUCUACACCAGUGGCUCAACCGGCAAACCAAAGGGAGUUCUUCACACCGUCGGCGGCUACAUGCUCUACACUGCCGCCACCUUCAAACUGGUGUUUGACUACCAACCCAAUGAUGUCUACUGGUGCACGGCAGACAUUGGUUGGAUCACCGGACACUCCUACAUCACCUACGGCCCGCUGGCCAAUGGGGCCACCAGUGUGCUAUUUGAGGGCCUGCCCACUUACCCAGAUGUUAGCCGGAUGUGGGAGAUAGUGGAUAAAUAUCUUGUGACCAAGUUCUACACGGCUCCGACCGCCAUCAGAUUGCUGAUGAAGUACGGCAGUGAGCCGGUGCAGAAGUAUAAGCGAGAGUCUCUGAAGAUUUUGGGGACGGUGGGAGAGCCCAUCAACCCUUAGGCCUGGCAGUGGUACUACACUGUGGUGGGAGAGAAGAGAUGCCCUGUUGUUGACACCUUCUGGCAGACAGAAACUGGUGGACAUGUGUUGACUGCUCUACCUGCAGCCACGCCCAUGAAACCUGGAUCCGCUACGUUCCCGUUCUUCGGAGUGGUGCCGGCCAUCUUGAAUGAGUCCGGAGAGGAGCUGGAGGGGCCAAGUGAAGGAUACCUGGUGUUCAAACAGCCGUGGCCUGGUGUGAUGAGGACGGUGUACGGAAACCAUCAGAGGUUCGAAACAACCUACUUCAAGAAGUUCCCCGGAUAUUACGUCACAGGAGACGGUUGCCGUAGAGAUAAGGACGGCUACUAUUGGAUAACAGGAAGGAUAGACGACAUGCUGAAUGUUUCAGGUCACUUAUUGAGUACGGCGGAGGUGGAGUCGGCUCUGGUCGAGCACGAGGCCGUUGCCGAGGCUGCUGUGGUGGGCAGACCUCAUCCUGUCAAAGGAGAGAGCCUCUACUGCUUCGUAACUCUCAAUGAUGGAGUGACGUUCAACCGCACGCUGGAGGCACAACUCAGAAAACAAGUACGGGAGAAGAUCGGUGCCAUUGCAACACCAGACUACAUCCAAGAUGCUCCAGGACUCCCCAAGACCCGAUCUGGUAAAAUCAUGCGACGGGUGCUCCGAAAAAUCGCCUGCGACGAACGAGACCUAGGCGACAUCUCCACGCUGGCCGACUCCUCGGUCGUCGAGCAGCUCUUCCAGAACAGAUGCUGCACCGCCGUGUGACGGCCUCCAGGAUCCUCCCGGGGGGAGGCGCCAACUGCAGCCGCACGCUAGCGGCCACAAACCCAACCAGGGAAGAGGAGGAGGAGAAGAAAUUCCGUGGUCUUUACAACAAACAACCUUUAGCUCCUGAUGAGUAUCACCAUGGUGCAGCGGAGCCUGAAUUUAAAAUGACGCCACUGUCCUUAUAUGUAGGAACAGCAGCAGGUAGAGACAUAACGGCUGGCUGGUUACUGGGCGAUAUUUCCCACUUCUGUAACUGUGUUAAUUACUAAUUUUACAACAACAAACACAGUCUAGGAAUUAUAUUAUUAUAUUAUUAAGUAUGUCAGUCUGUUAGUUUAAAUGUUUUCCAGAAGCUGACAGAAUUGCUGCUGUUAAAAACAAAGCAGUGGUGUGUGAGACAGCGAGAAGCCAGAGGUUGUUUCAGUACAAGACCGUACUGCAGUGGAGCUGUGUCGAAGAGGUAGAACAGGUUUACACGUCAUUUGGUUUUAUCCUAUCCUAUCCUGGUUUUAGCCAAUAACACACUGCAAUAUCUGCUACUAAACUGCUCGGUAAUGGUGUACACAUUGAGUACUUGUACAGUACUGUUGCACCACAGUGAGUCCCGUGUCACUACAAUAGAUUUCCUGUGGUUAAAAGAUGAGUUUCCACUCUGGAAUAAGGCUAAUGUGACGUGCUACCUGUAACUACCCUGUAGUUAAUAUAACAAGUUGUCUCCUCCCCUCGCUCGCUGCCAUAGUACUGUUAUGUACACUGAUAAUUAGCUAAAUCUGAAAAAGCUCAGUAUUUCUACUAGUUCUAAUUUCUGUUAUGCUUUUUAUUUUUAAACAUUUAGACUUGUGUCAUUUUUUCAUUUUUACGGACUUUUGGUGGGUAUUUCUGUUUGUGUGUCUGCACGCUUCUAUGAUUUUAUUUCUUCUAUUCUUUUUUAAGUCGCAGGGAAGUGAUCAGGCUCUCCUAUCAGUCUGGUGGAGACUGGGAAAGUGUUCAGCGCUGUGUAGCUCAGGACAACAAACGGUCGGUUGAAGGGGAAAAAAGCGUAUUAAUAACUCAUUUAGUCUUCUCGUGUUUAAGUACUGUGAUGUGUCUAGACUCCACAUUUGAUUACUAAAUCAGAGUUUACAGUGUCUGUGAUUAAAAUAAGGUACCAAAGUCAAUCCCAAAUGGCUGUAAUUAUGUUAGAGUAUGAUUUGAAUUUGGGAAAAUAAUAAACAAUUUUUUUUGUGUGACAGCUACAAUCUUUUUCUCGACUAAUAACCAGGAAAGUGUGGCUGCUAUAAAAAUAUUAAUACACAGCAAAGUCCAUUAAAUCAAAGCAAAGGCUCUGUUAAGAACUUAUUUACUUUAUUCACGGCUUCAGUUCCCGUUGGCAAAAGAACAUCAGUAUGUAAGUCAUUCAGAAAGCAUAAGGCUGUUGUUAUUCUAUUAUUUUAAUUAUUUUCUGUCAACAUAAUCCACAAAAAGACGAGAAAAGACCAAAACCAACAUGUCAGUCCGUCUCUCAGCCCAUUGGUUCCUACUGAAGACUUAAAUCUUAAAAAACACCUCACAAAUAUACAGAUUAAUUUUGACACUGUUGUUUUUAGGACAAUGUAACUCACACAGGAGAUAAUGUUGCAGUUGUUGGGGACUAUUUUCAGCAGCGGAUGAAUCCACAUGUGGUGCUCUAGUGAGUAUUUUGGGCAGCAGGACGGUGUCUGUGAGAUUCAUCAGGCUGUGACACACAGUACUUGUUAGGAGAUGUUUUGGUCUCUUUAUGGGAUUUCUUGACAAUAAGAACAUCUAGAAUAUCACCAGACUUCCUUUAUCCUUUAGAUAUUGAAGGAGAAUGUGGGUAAAAAACGGUCUACAACUUUUUUUAUUUUAUCUUUCUGUGCUAAGAGACUGAAGUCAAGGUUGAAGCAGCAUUCACAGCAUAAAAUUUGUCAAAAACAACCGAACCAGGAGCUCAUUUGGAGCUUGAGGAGAUUCUACUCUUUAGUUUCCAACUUGUGCGAUUUUUUUUUUUUUUUUUUGAGAAUGAUUUGAUUCAUUCGAGCGACGUGAAGCAGGACCUCGUACAGAUCUCAUCAGCUUUUCAUUGUUUAUCUUUUUUUAAUGUGUUGUUUGUGUCUCUAUGUGCCAACAUAAGUAACAGCAGAGCUGGGUCUAUAAAGCUAAUAUUUGUAUCUAAUGUUCUAAAAGAAAAAUGCAGCUGCAUAUUUGAUUCAGAAGGGUUUUUGUCUGUAAUAACUGGUGAAGGAAAGAGAAUUUUGCUGUUUUUCUUCUCUGUCCAUCUUCAGUUUUGUGUUGUUUUGAUUUCCCUGUUUGUAUCGACGUAUAUUCAAUGACAGUAAAUGUACAUGACUACUGCCUCUCGCCCUCUGUCACUGGCUUUUCCUUUUAAAACCGUUUUAACAGAAAUAUGCUUUUUCCCUGAAGGUUCAUGGCGAUCAAAAUCCACUCCAAACACCUCACGUUGUCUUUUGGUGUGUCAAAUGUUUUCACUGCCAGUGAGUGUAUAAUUCAAAGAUUUUUAUGAAAAUGUAUUCAGUAUAAUCACAUAGCUAGAAUAAGAAACUGUAGAAACACUAGCAAUCAUUUCCAAGUUAUUAAAAGUAAGGCUAAGAGCAAUAAUUAUUAUGACGUAAGAGGGUUUAAUUUUUAUUUCUCAUUGUUUUUACAAAGUCACCCCAUGUUGUGCUGAGCUGCAGCGAUAGAAUAAGAGUUUAAAAGCUGUCGACACACUCAGGAAUGAAAGAAGGUAAAAUGAAAAUGUUUUUAAUGAUGCUUUUUAGAUUAGAAGUGGUGGUGUUAAUGUCGCAAUCUAACUUUGAGAAUGAAGAGCUACCAAACUUUUUAUAACUGAAAAAGUAUCCCACAAAAUUAAAGUUUGUACACUUAAAAAAAAAAAAAAGAACCUAAAUAAAGUUAGAGGUACUGUGACAAAAAGAUUCUGACUGUUAAAAGACAAAUGGAGCCUGAAUAUAUGGCAUUUAAUGUCACAAUUAAAAUGGGAAUUUGUCAUUAGCACAACUCAUGAAAUGAUUAACUGCAGAACUCGCUUUGCUGGAAAUUGUUCAUGCAAUUAAAGCUGCUUUUAAGACA